GGGCCAGUCUUUUCUUCCUAUUAUUCCAAAUACUCAGAGAAGUCAGCUAGAAGACAGACUGAACAACCAGGAGCGCACCAUAGCUUUCCUGCUUGAACAAGCCUUCCGCAUCAAGGAGGACAUCUCUGCUUGCCUUCAGGGAGCUCAAGGCUUUCGAAAGGAGGAGUCACUUGCCAGGAAGCUACUGGAAAGCCACAUCCAGACUAUCACCAGCAUCGUCAAGAAGCUCAGCCAAAACAUUGAGAUUUUAGAAGACCAAAUUAGAGUUCGAGACCAGGUGGCCACAGGAACUAACUACGCAGUACAGGAACUGAAUACCAAGCACUCUCAAGGAGUUGGAGAUCUUCAGGGAAGAGUAGCCAGAUGUGAUUCCAGCAUUGUGAAGCUUUCUGGAGACAUUCACUUCAUCAGGCAUGAACAUCGGCGAGUUGAAAAAACAAUUCAAGAGCUCUUGUCUGCCCUAGAAACUGUUUCUAAGAACUUGGAUAUGAAGGUAAUGCAGCUCUUAGGCAAGAUAGAGGCUUCCAGUUCUGAGCAAGCCUCAAAUGUAAAGAUGGUCCAGGGAGAUUAUCGCCACGAAAUAAACCUUUUGGAAUUCAAAUUUAAUUCACUUUCAAGUAAUCUCUGUGAGGAAGUUGAAAACCUUCAAAAAUGGACAGAAAAUCGCUUCAUCAAAUAUGAAAAAGACCACCUCGACCAUAUAAAUCACUGUCUGAAACUCCUUCAGGAGAAGCUGGAAAAGUCUGAAAAUAAAAUGGAAGAAAAAUUACAGAAGCUUUCAAGCAAAUUAGAGAAUUUUAUAAAUAUACAGAAACAGGAAGCAGAACUAAAUAAAGCAAAGAACAUAGAAAAUAAACUGUCCAAAAAGAUGAAUCAACUGGAAAAACUCAUCUGGGGUGAAUUAGAGAAAAUGCAGAAUGAAUAUCAAUCCGGAUUCAAAUCGGUUCAUGACUCCCUCAACUCCCUCCAACAAAUACAGAAAACAAAGAUGGAUUUAGAGAAACAUAAAGUACAGAAAAACAUAAAGAAAUUACAGCGUAAGAUAGUGGAACUCCAGGACAUAUGAAACUUUCCAGUCAUCAUUUUCACCAAUCAAAGCAGUAAAGAAAUUGUAAAGUGUUGAGAAAAACUGGGAAGAAUUUAAUGUCUCUGGGAUGUUUACUGUUUCUGUCCCUUUAUUUCUUACCAGGCUUUUAAAGAGAUGCACAUACUAGAAAACCCAAAUAAACCAAAGAAGCUUUAUGUCUUCAUUAACUUA